AUGUCUGAUUCUCGUGCCAGCGAUUCUCACAACCGGAGGUUGGCGAAAGAACGGGUGCUAUUAAUGAACAAUCAAAUCAACUAUAUUGUAACUGAUCUCCCUGAUGAUUUAAUGGACCCAAUUGAAAUAGUUAUUUCUGGACCUGGAGAUAGUCCCUUUGCUGGUGGAAGUUUUGGCCUCAAGUUAUCGUUACCUGACGAUUACCCCUUCAAACCACCUAGGGCUCAUUUUACCACAUCAAUGUGGCACCCUAACAUAUCAACAUUAGGCUCAAUUUGCGUUGAUAUUCUGGAACCCAUGUAUUGGUCUUGUGGAACUACCCUCCUUAUGGUGGUUGAGGCCCUGCGGGCACUUUUGACAAUGCCCAAUCCCCACUCACCACUGAAUGUUGAUGCAGCAUCAAUGAUGCUCUCUGAUCCUGACAUGUACGAAAUUACAGUAAGGUCAUGGACCCAUGUUCAUGGUUAUGGACCAGAUACCAUUCCACAAGAGUAUAAAGAUAAGAUAGCUUCAGUCCAAGAGAUACGUCGCUGCACAAGAGAAAGCGCUCUGCGAAAGCUAUCCAAAUCAAUGUGGGUAGUUGAAGCAUCAAGGCAUUUAUGA